GUUCAACGGCGAGGCAGCUAGUACAACCAGAUUCGUAGAAUUGGCAAUAGCUUAGAAAGUUGGUUUCUGUCAGCAGAUCCGAUCUUUAGACAUCGCUAUACACGGAUAGGCCGUGUAGAAAAUUCACCGACUGCUUGGUUUUCGCAUUUCGUUACCCCCGCCAACAAGAUGCUGUCAAUCCUGAGAAAAGCGAAGCUCAAGGACAAAGAGCUUCGCAUCCUCAUGCUAGGUCUUGACAAUGCAGGCAAGACGACGAUUGUCAAGAAAAUCAUGAACGAAGAUGUGAACACGGUCAGCCCAACACUCGGGUUCAUCAUCAAAACCAUAGACUAUGAGGGUUACAAGCUAAACAUUUGGGAUGUUGGUGGCCAAAAAACGCUGCGGUCGUACUGGAGGAAUUACUUUGAAAAGACAGAUGCGUUGAUCUGGGUCGUUGAUGCCACGGACAGGCUGCGCAUUCAGGACUGCAAAGAUGAACUCCACAGCCUGCUCCAGGAAGAGCGACUGUCGGGAUCAAGCUUGCUUGUGUUUGCCAACAAGACCGAUGUAAGGGGGUGCAUGUCUGAGGACGAGCUGCGGGAAGCUUUGCGACUCGAUGAAAUCAGGACGCAUAAGUGGAAUAUUCUGCGGUGUAGUGCCAUGACAGGCGAAAAUCUCAAGGAGGGCUUGGCGUGGGUGGUUGAAGAUGCAAAGGCUCGUCUUUUCCUGUACUAGGACAAAGAGCUGUUAUGGUUAGUGGUUGGGAUUGGUGGUCGGCAAGGCACGGGCCGUAUCCGAGAUGAGAUGUGAGACGAUG